AUGAAACCUUACGACAAUGGGACAUUCGCGUCAAGACAUUUCGUUACGGAAUGGGAGGACAACGUCGUGUUCGAUGCGGACGAUCCGGAUUUUUCCACCGGUGGCAAUGCGGCCGCAGCAGCGACAAAUGCUUUAAUGCGGUCCGCCUCGCUUGCAUCGUCCAAUCUGACACGAUCGGUCACUACCUACUACGGACUCAACUCGGCAUCGGUUGUGUCGAAUUUGAACCAGUUAAUGAAGGUAUCUUCAAGUGCGAAGCUAUCAGCAACCAGCAACAGCAACAGUAUGUCGGUAGCCAGCGUACAAGCACCCCAUCUGGCGGAUUUGUGCAGCUCACUGAGCCGCACCAGCCUGAGCAUGUCGUCGUCAUUGUCGGAUCUGGUCGGCAGCCCAUCGCUCGGUGCCGUGUUCGACUUCCACUCGUCGGACGCCGUGCUAACGAUUGAGGAACUGCGCGAGCAGCUUGGCUCAUGCUACACUUGUGGCGUGUCCUGGACCGAGGAUCAGGUGUCGCUCGAUUGUACCGAGUGCGGUGGUUACAGUCUCGAACGCCCAUGCCUUAUCUGUGAAGGCAUCUGCGGUCAGCUGUGGAAGCGUGAUUUCACCAUGAGCCACGCCUGCGGUAAAUCACGCUGGCAGGGUGUGUGCACCAAGUUCCCGGCCCAGAUGAUUCAGCUCCAGUCGUCGGCACCGCUUAGCAGUUGUGCCAGCUUCGGUAGCCAUCAUCAGCUUGCGACCGGUUGUGCUGCUGCCGCCAACAAUGGAUCGAACAGCACCGCCAGCCAGCAGCAUUUCCUGCAGCAAGAGCUAUGCGCCCGACUCGAGAAGCUUUCCGCGAAUGCACAUUCGUAAGGCAACAACAGCAUGGGCAGCAGUUCCGGAU